AUGGAGUUCAGUGGACAUCCGGCCGUUCGGCUGCUGACACCAGAGCCGCUGCAACUAGCAUUUGCUUUUACAUCUCUCGGGAUUGCGUUCCACUUAUGCAUUCGUACGGUUGAGGUUGACUAUAGGUUAUGGCGACUGUUGGGGCUGUACCUGGUCAGUUGGUCCUCCUUGGCAGUAGCGUAUAACACUAUCUUCGGUCUCGGCUUGCUUCAUGCCGUUGGAAUUGCGUCGUUUGCAGGGGUCUGCUUUCACACUGGGCUUGCUUUGAGCAUUACCAUUUAUCGGCUGCUCUUCCAUCGACUACGAAACUUCCCUGGCCCCUUGGGCGCCAAGCUCAGUCGGUUUUAUGCGGUUAAGCUUGCGUCUAAAAACCUCCAGUAUCACCUAGAGUUGCAAGGGCUCCAUCGGAAGUACGGUGAUUUUGUCCGCACAGGACCUCGCGAAAUCUCCGUCAUUCGCCCGUCUGCUGUCCAAACAAUUCAUGGCUCCAAGUCGGCUUGCUUACGGUCGACGUGGUAUAGUCAGGUCUCGGACGAUGUCACCAAGAUAUCGCUGAAUUCAACUCGAAACCCUGAUGUUCACCGUCGCAGAAAACGAGCAUGGGAUCGGGGGUUCAGCAUCAAGGCCCUAUCUAUCUACGAGCCACGAGUUCGAUCAAAGGUUGAUGUGCUUGUAUCGCAACUCCGAGCACGCUUAGGCCAGCCAAUUAAUAUCGCCGAGUGGACUAUGUUUUUGAGUUUUGAUGUAAUGGGCCAAAUUGGAUUUGACAAAGAUUUCCAUCAAUUGGAAGAGGCAAAAGAGCACAGUGCCAUCGCCGGCCUCCAUGCUCAAAUGGCAGUACUCGGACUGCUCAGUCCGCUACCGUGGCUACUAUCGUUUCUCGGCUCAAUCCCCGGGUUGACGGGCAGUUACGCAUUGUUCAUGGACUAUUGUGCCAAGCAAGUUGAGGAAGCAAAAGCCAAAUGGCAACCGGGGAGUGAUGAAAAUCCCACCAGUGUCAUCUCCUGGCUUCUUAAGGCCAAGGAUGAGAACGACCAAUCUGCUCCUCCUGGAGAUGGAGCUUUGGAUGAAGAUGGACGUCUUAUCAUCAUUGCCGGAAGUGACACAACAGGGGUGACACUUGCCAAUGCGUUAUAUUUCCUUAUAAAAAAUCCUCCGGUGUAUAAAAAGCUUCAAACCCAACUCGAUAGCAUUUUCCCCGUAGGCGACAGUUCAUGUACCUAUGACAAAAUCCGAGAUAUACCGUAUCUUGAUGCAGUUAUAAAUGAAACGCUGCGUCUCAAGCCAGCUGUACCUAGUGGCCAACCACGGGUGACCCCUCCGGAUGGCUUGCAAAUCGACGAUGUCUGGAUUCCUGGAGAUAUCAAUGUUAUCACUCCGCAGUAUGUGAUUCAGCGGGAUGAGCGAAAUUUCCCUAGAGGAGAAGAAUAUGUGCCUGAAAGAUGGCUUGCCGAAGAAAAGAAGGCUAUGAUCUUUCACGAGCAAGCCUUUUUUCCAUUUCAAAUUGGCCCGUAUGGAUGUGUAGGCAAGCAGCUUGCUCUUAUGCAGCUCCGCUGGACGAUUUCCUUGGUAGCGCUGAAUUUCGAUAUUUCGCUCGCUCCAGGGGAGGAUGGUGUUUCAUUUGAUCAAGGGGCAAAAGAUACAUUCACUUUUUCCGUGUCACCACUGCAAAUGAAGUUUCAGACAAGGACCAAAUCCAACAUCUAG